AUGAAGGGCUCUUCUUUUGCAAAGGCAGCUGCGCUGCUUUCUUCUCCUUUCGCCUCUCUGGCAUACGCUCAGGAGACUUUUACCCAUGCUGCCACCGGCAUCACCUUUUGGCGCCAAGUGGUCAACAGCGCUGAGACUGCUGGUGGCCUCGAAUGGGGAAUGGCCCUCCCCGAAGCCGCGACUGGCAACAACUUGGACUACAUUGGUUACAUUAAAGGGUCCCUCACCUCCGGCCAGGGUUGGUCCGGUUUGAGUCACCGUGGCGGUAUGCCCGAUGCUCUUCUUCUCGUGGCCUGGCCCGACAAAGAUGCUGUCAAGGCUGGCUUCUACCAUGCAGCUGGUUACACAGCUCCCGUCGACUACACUGGCAAUGCCACUCUGAGCACAAUUUACCAAAAGGUCUCUGACACCAACUUUGAGUACAUUUAUCUGUGCAAAAGCUGUUGGGCCUGGAACCAAGGAGGUGCCGAAGGCUCUCAACUUCCAACUGGCGAGGUGCAGGUCAUUGGAUGGGCUCAGCACGAUAAGGUCUACUCCGGCACUUGGGUCCAGCACAACAAGGGCCAGGGUCUCUUUGGUGCUCAAGUUGCCCCGGCCAGGAGCGCAAAAUACCCUGACUGGGUCAAACUGGCCAACCCCCCCGCUGGCUCACCUACACCCUCACAACCUGGUGCCACCCCUACACCAACUGCAGCAUGCCAGGGUUCUCCCGCUCCCAGCGGUUCCUACGACUACAUCGUCAUCGGCGGUGGUGCUGGAGGUAUCCCUGUGGCUGACAAGCUUUCCGAGUCUGGCAAGAGUGUUCUCCUGCUCGAGAAGGGCCCGCCAUCUCUUGCUCGCUUUGGUGGAAAGAUGGGUCCUGACUGGGCUCUCAGCAACAACCUCACCCGCUUCGACAUCCCCGGUCUCUGCAACCAGAUUUGGGUCGACUCUGCUGGUGUAGCCUGUACCGAUAUUGACCAGAUGGCUGGCUGCGUCCUUGGUGGCGGUGCUGCUGUCAAUGCUGCGCUUUGGUGGAAGCCAGUUGAUAUCGACUUCGACUACCAAUUCCCUGCUGGCUGGAAAUCAUCCGAUGUCAAGCCCGCCAUCGACCGCGUCUUCCAGCGCAUCCCUGGAACAGACACUCCUUCGGUCGACGGCAAGCGUUACAAGCAAGAAGGCUUCAACCUUCUCUCCAGUGCCCUUGGUGCUGAUGGCUGGAAGAGCGUUACUGCAAACAGCCAGCAGAACCAGAAGAACAGGACUUAUUCUCACGCUCCCUUCAUGUACGAGAACGGACAGCGUCAGGGUCCUCUCGGCACUUACAUGGUUUCUGCGCUCAAGAGGUCAAACUUCAAGCUCUGGACAAACACCAUGGCUCGCCGUGUCAUUCGCAACGGCGGAGUUGCUACUGGUGUUGAACUCGAGAGUGGCGUUGGUGGCACCGGAUACUGCGGUACUGUCAACUUGAACCCGGGUGGCCGUGUCAUUCUUUCCGCUGGUUCUUUUGGAAGCACUAAGCUUCUCUUCCGCAGUGGUAUUGGACCAAAGGACCAGCUCAGUGUUGUCAAGGGCAGCGCUCGCGACGGCGCUACUAUGAUCCAGGAGUCUGACUGGAUCAACCUUCCUGUCGGACAGAACCUGAACGACCACGUCAACACCGAUCUCGUCAUCAAGCACCCCAACAUUUCCAACUACAACUUCUACGAGGCGUGGAACACCCCUAUCGAGGCUGACAAGAACCUGUACUUGAGCAAGCGCUCAGGCAUCCUCGCUACCUCCGCCCCCAACAUUGGUCCUGUUGCUUGGGAAAUGAUCAGGGGAUCUGACGGAAUCGACCGAUCCAUCCAGUGGACUGCUCGUGUUGAGGGUCCAGGAGCUAAUGACACCAACCACCUCACCAUCUCUCAGUACCUCGGUCACGGUUCUACCUCUCGAGGUGCUCUGUCCAUCAACGGUGCUCUCAACGUGGUUGUCAGCAAGUCACCAUACUUGAACAACCAGGCUGAUACCGAUGUCGUCAUUGCGGGAAUCAAGAGCAUGAUCAAGGCCAUCAAGAAGAACCCCCAGAUUGAGUUCCAGGUUCCCAAUGUUAACCAGACGGUCGAGGAAUACGUCGCUAGCCUGCCAAAGACCCCAUCUGCGCGUCGCGCCAAUCACUGGAUUGGUACCGCUAAGCUUGGAACUGACAGUGGACUUACUGGCGGAACCUCGGUUGUUGACUUGAACGCUCAAGUCUAUGGAACAAAGAACAUUCACGUCGUCGAUGCUUCCAUCUUCCCUGGUCAAAUCUUCACCAACCCUACUUCUUACAUCAUCACCGCCGCAGAGCACGCAGCCGCCAAGAUCAUUGCUCUUGGUCCUAGCACUGGAGGUGGAUCGUCUGUUUCAUCCAAGCCACCAGCCAGUUCUGCUCCCGCUUCUUCCGCCAAGCCAACCAGCGCUACUCCCACCAAGUCAUCGGCCCAGGCUACCCCAACCGCCGUAGCGAGUGCCUGGCAACAAUGCGGUGGCCAAGGUUGGACCGGCCCUACAGCUUGUGUCAGCGGAUACAAGUGCUCCUUCAACAACACUUACUACUCUCAAUGCAUCCCCGCAUAA